CCUUGGUCAAUGUAAAACUAAAACCGGAAGCGCCGUCCAAGCCCCAACCCCAUCGAUCUACCGAGAGCCCCCAAAAGGUCUCAGAGAUGGAUCCCCAAAACCCCCUCCUCCUCCUCCUUCUGCUCGCCUUCCCCGUCCUCAUCUCCCUCUCCUCCGCCACCUCCCCUUCCGCCGACGAUCUGGUGGCGGAGCUGGAGGCCCUCCGGGCCCAGUCCCCUUCCGGCGUCAUCCACCUCGACGACCGAUCCGUCGCCCGCUUCCUCACCUCCGCCCCCGUCCCCCGCCCCUACUCCCUCAUCCUAUUCUUCGACGCCUCCCAGCUCCGCUCCAAGCCCGACCUCCACCUCCCCCACCUCCGCUCCGAGUUCAGCCUCGUCUCCUCCUCCUUCGCCGCCCACCACGCCUCUUCCCCCGCCACCUCCCUUCGCGUCUUCUUCUGCGACAUCGAGUUCCAAGAAUCCCAGGCCUCCUUUUCCCUCUUUGGCGUCACCUCCCUCCCUCACGUCCGCCAUGUCGGCCCCCACCACCGCUCCCUCCGCGACUCUGAACCCAUGGACCAGUCCGACUUCUCUCGCCUCGCCGAGUCCAUGGCCGAGUUCGUCGAGGCCAAGACCCAGAUCCCUGUCGGCCCCAUCGUCCGCCCUCCCCCGAUUUCCGCUCGACAAAUCGCCUUCUUGGCCAUCGCCCUCCUGAUCUCGGCGCCGUUCCUGAUCAAGAGGAUCCUCGAGGGGAACACGAUGCUCCACGACCACCGGUUCUGGAUGGGGCUCGCCGUGUUCGUCUACUUCUUCAGCGUCGCCGGCUCGAUGCACAACAUAAUCCGCAAGAUGCCGAUGUUCUUGCAGGACCGGAACGAUCCAGAUAAGCUCAUUUUCUUCUACCAGGGCUCGGGGAUGCAGCUCGGCGCGGAGGGGUUCGCGGUGGGGUUUCUCUACACGAUCGUUGGGCUGAUUGUGGCGUUCGCGACGCAUGUGCUGGUGAGGGUGAGGAACACGACGGCGCAGCGGGGGUUCAUGCUGGUGGCGAUGCUGGUGGCUGUCUGGGCGGUGAAGAAGGUGAUCUAUUUGGAUAAUUGGAAGACUGGGUACAGCGUGCAUGCCUUCUGGCCGACCAGCUGGAGGUUUUGAAGAUCUGGAUGGGGAGUUGUCUCACUUUCUCUCUUCUCUUCUCCUUUUUAGAGGCAUGCAGGUGUCAGUAUAUACACUGCCUCACUAUCCAGCAUCUUUUGAGAUGUAAUAAUGGGACACAUUUUGGUCAAAGUUCAAGUGUGGGAUUUUGUAGUUUAAAUGAGAAACCCUAUUUCAUCUGUCUUAUUAGCACAAGUUAUGGUGACAUUUCAAGUGUAGAAUUUUGUAGUUUCAACAAGAAAGCUUAUCACAACUGUCUUAUUUUAGCACACGUUUUAGUGAAUUCCAAGUGUGGAAUUUUGCAGUUUCAA